AUGGGGGACAACAGUCCACGUUGGCUUCGAUCUACACUGAUUCCAGCUUUAUUAAAUGCACCUGAAAUAGAACAUUUAUCAGCUGAGUUAAAAUUUGCACGUGAACAAUUAUUACAGGGGAUACGGUCAGCUGGUUUAUCACAUUUAUUGAAUCAUACAGAAGAGAAAACCUCUACCACAAAGACGACUACAAAAGCAACAACAACAACGAAGAGGAAGAAGAAACGACCAACGUGUACUACAUAA